GUCUAACGCGAGGUGGCACUAGACUAAAAGCUUCAUCCAGACCCACAGAGGUGAUUAAUUGAGGGUGUCCGUCCGUCCAUCCCCAGAGGAGGGAAACUAUACUCCUGCAGCUCCCAACACCAGUCCUCCUCUUCAGUAGCAACGCAGUUCAUGUGGAGGAAACAAGUAUGAGAGAGUAGCUAGCAUGCACGGACAAUUCAUGUAAAUGGCGCCUGUCAAAAGGAAAUUAUAUCAGCGCUUGCUGUUCUUUGUGGUUUUUCUUCCAAUCUCAGGUGUUUUAUGCUUUAGUGAGUUAUUUUUCAUCAAGGAGCCCCAUGAUGUCGUUGUCAUGCGGAAAGACGCUGUUAUUUUGGACUGUCAGGCACACGGAGAGUCACCCAUCGACGUCAGCUGGCUCAGGAAUGGAGUAAAAGUGGUGGAGAACGAACGCGUGUACCUGCUCUCCAAUGGCUCCCUUUAUAUUUCAGAGGUGGAGAGCAGAAGAGGAGACAAAUCAGAUGAAGGGCUCUAUCAGUGCCUUGCUCAGAACAAGUAUGGUGCAAUCUUGAGCCAGAAAGCUCGUCUUACAAUCGCAAGUAUCUCCUCUUUUGCAAUCCAGCCGACAUCAAUAGUGGUGACUCAAGGCUCAGUCGCGAGAUUUUCCUGCAAAAUCAGUGCACACCCUCCUCCAAUCAUCACAUGGGAGUUCAAUCGGGUCACAUUACCCCUCGCCACUGAAAGAAUCACAGUCCUGCCCAGUGGUGUUCUUCAGAUCCACGGGGUGCAGCGAGCAGAUGCUGGAAAUUAUCGCUGCAUAGCCACAAACAUUGCCAGCCGCCGCCGAAGCACGGAGGCCACCCUCACUGUCACUCCAGCCCCCAGCCUGCAGCUUCCCCAGAGGCCGCGCAUCAUCGUCGGGCCACAGAACAUUUCAGUGUCGCUGCACCAGAACGCCAUCCUGGAGUGCAUGGCCACAGGCAAUCCCCGACCCAUCAUCUCCUGGAGCCGAGCGGACAGCAAGUCUAUUGAUGUUUACAACACCAAAGUGUUGGGAAAUGGCAACCUCAUUAUCACAGACAUCAAGCCCCAGCAUGGCGGAGUCUAUAUGUGUAGAGCCACCACCCCUGGCACACGAAACUAUACCGUUGCUUCAGCCAAUGUCACCGUGUUAGCACCACCUUCCUUGGUUGAGUGGCCUGAGAGCCUGACCCGUCCUCGUGCCGGCACAGCCCGCUUUGUGUGCCAAGCUGAAGGAGUACCGACGCCUCAAAUUACUUGGCUCAAGAAUGGAGAGAAAGUUCACUCCAAUGGUCGCAUCAAGAUGUACAACAGCAAACUGGUCAUCAACCAGAUCAUUCCUGAGGAUGACGCCAUUUAUCAGUGCCAGGCACAGAACGAGCAGGGUUCAGUCCUCUCCAUGGCGAGGCUGAUUGUGGUGAUGUCUGAGGAUCGACCGAGCGCUCCCAGGAACAUCCAAGCUGACACCGUGUCGAGCUCCGCUAUCCUUCUGGCUUGGGACAGGCCUCUGUAUAACUCUGAUAAAGUUAUUGCUUACUCAGUGCACUACAUGAAGGCUGAAGGAUUAAACAACGAGGAAUAUCAAGUUGUCAUUGGAAACGAUACAACUCGCUACAUUAUUGAUGACCUGGAGCCAGCUCGCAACUAUACCUUCUACGUCGUGGCCUACAUGCCCAUGGGAGCCAGUCGUAUGUCGGACCAUGUGUUCCAGCACACGCUUGAGGAUGUUCCCCUCCGUGCCCCUGAGCUCAGCCUCACCAGCCACAGUCCAGUGGACAUCCAGGUGUCUUGGCAGCCCCUUCCAGACAAACUGAGUCGUGGCCGAGUCUCUGCGUACCGUUUGUCCUAUCGUACCAGUGCUGAAAAUAUAGCCUCACAGAUAGAGCUACCUGGAGAGAAGACCCAGCAUCUCCUGGAAAACCUGAAGCCUGACACCAUCUACCUCCUGCGUAUUGCUGCUGCCACCAGCGUAGGGUGGGGUGAGCAGUCUGCCUGGACAUCUCACCGCACUCCGAAGUCAUCCAGUGCUCGAGUUCCUCUGGCCCCUGAGCUGCAUUUGGAGCCUUUAAACUGCACCACUAUUUUGGUGCGCUGGCAGCUGGCACCCAGAAACUCGGCCAGUGUGCAAGGCUACAGGCUCUUCUACCAUGAGGAGAGCCAACCGGAGAGUGCCCCUGUUCAGCUGCGUGCCUCAGACAAUACACACACCAUCGGAGGCCUUGAUCCAAGGAAGAAGUACCACGUUAAGCUUCUGGCUUAUAAUUUUGUUGGAGAUGGCUACCAGGCAGACCAGACUAUCAGCACCCCUGGAUGUGUCUCUGUUAGAGAUCGCCUGGUGCCGCCUCCACCUCCUCCACACAACGUGUAUACGAAGACUAACAGUUCCACCGCUGUAUUUCUGCACUGGGGCCGACCAGCUUUCACCUCCAGCCAUGCAAUCAACUACACUGUCCGCUGCAACCCAGUCGGCCUGCAGAAUGCCUCCCUGGUGGUCUACCUGCAGACGAAUGAGCAGAGCCUCUUGGUGCAAGAUCUGGAGCCCAACACCAAGUAUGAAUUUGCCAUUCGCCUUCACCUCGACCAGCUGCCCAGCCCCUGGAGCCCUGUGGUCUAUCAGACCACUUUCCCUGAAGCUCCCACUCUGCCCCCUUCCAAUGUGAAAGUGACUGUGAUUGAAGAGGACACAGCGCUGGUUUCAUGGAAACCCCCAGAAGAACCCAACGUAGCUGUGACACAUUACACAAUCCUGUACGCCUCCAGACACGCAUGGAUAGCUGGAGAAUGGCAGGUGCUUCAAAGAGAAGGGACCAUCACCAUGGCACUGCUGGAGAACCUCAAGCCUGGCCAUAUUUACUUUGUGAAAGUUUCUGCGUCCAACAACAUGGGUGAUGGGCCGUUUUCUCAUACAGUGGAGCUGACAGUACGAGCAGAUCUCUCAUCUGGUCAUGAUCCCCGGCUCUCCCGUGGCUCCACGCACUCCACAGCCUUUUCUGAUGGUUUCUACCACCUGGACCAGAAGUCAAUGACAGGGAUCACUGUGGGAGUCUGCAUCGCUCUCAUCUGCAUCAUUAUCUGUGCCUUCAUUAUCGUCUGCAGAGGCAAAAACAGGAAAUUUUCAGCUGUUAAAACGUACAGAGAAGGAGUGAGCACAUCUGCCUCGGCUGCAGCACAUCUGGGCUCUGAGGGACAAGCUGAGAGCGCUGAUGUGACCGUGCCAAUGAUGGGUCAAAACCAUUUCAUCGAUGCCAAGGGUGGGACAAAUCUUAUCAUAAAUUCUCUUGGUCCUGUUCAGCCCAACACUGAGAAGAAAGAGAAAUGGUUUUCCUUCAGCAGUAAUGUGAGAAAAGACAAUAAAGCAGUGCAGAAUAUCAGACAUGCCACCACCUCCUACCAGCCCGGUACCACAGUGUUGACCUUUGAAGAAGAGCUGUCCAUGUCCAUAUCUACAGAACAGCCCAACACCAUGCAGGCCAUGCUGUGGCGUCCCAGUGACACGGAGGGCUCCUCCAACAGCGAGGGCAGCCACGCAACUGGUGACUCGGGCCGUUACUCUCAUGACGAGACAGAGAUGACCAACCUGUCAUCUGGCCCCAGCAGCCGCCCACCGUCACUGACGGCGGAGGACAGCUCAGGUUCGGACUGCGGCGGCCCCGCGGAAGAGCCGGGCGAGCUGCUGGAGGAAAGUCAGCCUGACCCGAAGUUAAUGGAAUCCGUCGAAAAUGAGUCUGCAUUUUCUCUCCAAGUGUGUGGGAAUGUGCCUGAGCGUGUCUGAGACUGUGUGUGUGAGUGUGUGUGUGUGUGUGUGUGUGUGUGUCUGAAGGCAAUGGUAUACUUGCAAAAAAGUCCAACUGCACUGACACAGAAAACAGCUGAGGAUAUCACAUCAUAGAAAUGUCUGUGUUCUCACUGCAGCUUCAGAUUUGUUUAUGAGCUGAAGAAUUAAAGGAUAGUUUUGGGAAAUAGAUUAUUCGCCCCACCAGCUGGGUAGCUUAGCUUAGCACAAGCAGCCUGAUUGGUCCGAAGGAAGCUACCAGUACCUCUAAAGCUUGCUGCUCAUCUUGUUGUUUUAAUUUAUUACAAAAACUUAACUGUAAAAACAACACGGUGUGGUUUUAUGGAGGGUUAGAUGCUGGACUAGUUCUUGGCCAGGACCAGUAACUUCCGGGUGUCUCUGCUGGUUUUGUACUUCAGUUUUUGCAGAGAUUAAACAAACAAGAUAUAACAUGUUAGUGAGUAGAGGUGCUGGCAGCAGGAUUUUGUUUCCUGUGAACAGAGCCAGGCUAACUGUCUCCAGUCUUUGUGCUAAGCUAAGUUAACUGACUGACCUUUCUUAUUGAAGAAACAGAGUGAAGCGUUUUUCCCAAAAUGUCAAACUAAUCAUUUCAGGGCAACAGGAAAUUCACUCACACUCAGAAAACAACAAAACAUGACAGAAGAAAGGAGACGGUGCAAAAAGUUCCAGAUAUUCUCUGACUCAGCAAGGAUUUGACUAAAAUUCAUCCACUUAACUCUUCUCAUUGCAAGUGUACCACAAGCCUGUAUGUAAGUAUGAGAGAGAGAGAGACUUUUUUUUAAACUUUAUCCUCUUUUGGUCCAACACACAAUGAACAGUAAGCCAACAAAUAUGUUUUACAGUGAUGUUGGCAGUGAUACAGUGAUGUCUUUUACUUCUUUCGUUUCAUUCAAUGAAUGUGUUUAUUUUUUUUUCUC